CAGACAGCAGCAUGAAACUUCGAUCGAGGGAGGCGAACAAAGAAGCAAAAAACAAAAAAUUCAAUCAAAGCAACCAUCACCAUUCACCGUCAAAACAUCGGCUCUCUACGCCGUCGACGACUGGUAAUGUGGUGCGUGGAAGAACUUUCAACAACAUCAUGAAAAAUUCGCCAAACACCGGUGGUCCGCCCGUACCGAUUCCAACGAACCGGCAGCUCACCGUCAGCCUUAUCGGUUCGAUAAUCCGCUUUGCGAUCGAUGUGCCGCAAGUCGUUCGGCGGCGCGAGAAGCUUUUGCCCGACAAGUUGCUCUUCCUGCUACUGCCGAUCGUCCGGAACCUUGGUAAGCUAAUCGACCGCAUCCGACACAGCUCAUCUGUCGCGGGCAGGAAUGCAUCGAACGGUUCCGGUCGCUUUGCACCGUCCCGGGGCGACCAGCACAGUCCGCAUGCACCGACUGCGGCCGGUACUUCCAACCAGGUUCCGGCGAAGUGCUCUGACAAGUAUGGAACUGCAAGCUCAGCUGCUCAGGAGGCCAAAACUCCUACCAACGCAAUGUGGCAACCGGCGACACAGCAACGAGUCAGCAACGAGCGGCUAAAUCUUCAGCGGCAACGUCAGCAGCAGCAACAGCAGUGCCCGGGCAGCAUGACGUCGAUGCUAAUGAGUGACGAGGAAGAUGACGAGUCCUACGUUGCGUUUGAGAUGCAUCGCGAAUCGCUGGGCCUGCGGGCCGGUCCAGCCGUUCGGCGGCAGGUCCUAAGGCAGAAGGAUGGUAAUUACGCGAUUCGCGAGACCACCGAUACGCGCGGCGCCGACGGCACGUUUCAGCGUAUUACCAAAACCAUCAGCGGCCCGGACGUGAUGAUACUGACGAACAUUACGAGCCAGCUGUCGGAGCUGUCGACGCUGAUGCCAAGGGCGACCGGGCGCGACUCGGCGAGACCGGCGGAAAAGUAGGUGUGAAUCUCGAUGCCGGCAAUGAACAGGUUGCUUGCCCAGUGGAGCCGGUGCUACCACGAAUCUACCGAAUUAAAUUAAACAUAGAAAAAUCAAUUUACAGCUCGCUCCAGAGAAACGCAAGAAAACGUCCACGAUGACUCCUUCCAAAUUUGCACCGAAUCGCCCCAUACACCCAGUUGCCCGGAAAGGAAGUGAACUUGCCAAAUCAAAUCGAUUCCGAGCGCCCGAACGCAAACAUUACCGUACAACGAGCAGCCCGUUAUUACAUUAAGCAUGUGCCGAAGAUUAAUGGCGUUGUUUGUGGCCUGUAGAGGGCUAGAGCAUUCGUGCGGCGCUGUGUGGAAACCUUUUGCCGGUGCUUCAAAUUCUACGUCCUCCCCGUACAUCGGUGUCUUACACCGUAGACACUCACCCACUCACGCUGGUCCAUCGCCGCAAAUCGUUUCGCUUGGGAUUUCGAUUUUUCCGUUUCCCGGAUUCGGCUUUCGCCCGGUUCCGCUUGGCUUAACAUUCGAACGGAAACUAAUAAAUUAGCUCUUCCGUAACAGUUGUUAGCCAGCCUGACCAUGUCUGGCAAUUUCUAAGACGCUCGCUCUCCUGCGGGAUUGAAUUUAGUUUGCUUCCUCUUUUUAUUGCCGCUUUGAGUACUUCGUCCUUUUGCGGAUUUCGGUACCCGUUAAGACAAUGAAAAUUGUACGUUUUCGUGAAAAUUAAAGUUAUGGUGCUGUUUUUGGGCACAGACUUCGAAGAAAUGGAGAAAGUUGGAAGUGAUGUAACGUAGAAGAGCGCGAGAGAGAGAGAGAGAAAGAGAGAGAGAGAUAAAGAACAAAUACAUAAACAUCUUAAAUUCCCUUGAGAAUGAAAU